GAACGUCCGGCUGGAUCUGUACCAGAACGGCCGCGGCCGGCCGGAAUAUUUUCAUAUGAAAAUACAGCUGAACGGCCGUCAUCAUGCAGUUUUUCCAGCUUUCAAGCACUUAAAGUGGAAAUGAAGCACUGACAACUAUUAUCAUUUUUUGGCGGCUUAUUUAUUUUCAUAAACGAAUGGAUGUUCAUUGAACUGCACUUUUAAGUAGUUUUGCUGAAAAAUGACAUGUUAUUACCGAGUUUCGCCACAAGGGCGCAGCCAUGUUCGCCGCCUACGUAACGCGAAUGGUAGAACUUGGUGGCUAAUGUAGCCUUCCAUUCACUUAACGUUAGCGUGUGCUAACUACAGCGCUAACUGACUCUUAUCGUGGCAGUAAAAUUGAAGAAGGACGAGGGGUUCAUUUUACAUUGUCCCUGGGUUUUCUAUGUUAUAUACCUACUAUCAGAUGAAAGAGAAAUGUCAAGUGUCAUUAUCACUUUGUGUCAAAAAGCCUUUGCUACGAGCAUGGUGGGAUAGCUGCAGCCAUCCACCCAUUGCAUCCACCAUAGGACAGGAGUCAGGACUGGGGCUGCUCGAUCUCAUAGGUUUGUAGUGACAGACCGUCACCAAUAACGUCUUUUUCCUGCAUUGUUGGACGCUAAUCUGAAAGCCCAUGUCUUUAAGUUGGCUAUGUGGUUCAAUUCAGUAAUAGAAAAUAACUUGCAAAAUUGGCGGAAGUUUGGAAAGCUUUGUGAAGGGAAGGGACGCAGCCUGUGUGUGUGGCUAUCCCAUCCCCUCUCUCGUCUCGCUCUCGGAGUUGGAGGAGCUUUGGGGAUUUGAAGUUGAUGCCACGGGAAAUGACACGUUAAACUAUCAUGGCCUACAUUAAGUUAUGGCAUGCUUAAAGUAGCUGCAUCUAUUGUAGUAAAUUAUUAUGUUAUUGAAGUCGCGGAUGCAUCCUCAAACUGGCUGGAAUAGCGUUGUUGCCUUGGAUUAUUGUUGACUGGAUAACACCAACGUGGGCACGGAGAUGUCAAAGUAGCCUAAUUCAGGUGCUUGGAAAAUGUUGGCGAAAUCAUCGGAAGAUGAAGGUCACUCUUGUAGACACCUUGCUUCUGAUCAGGAAAUCCUUGCAAAAGGGGAUUUUACAACUGCAAGACAAACCAGAUAACAUGCAAAGGGCAACAAAACGCAUAGAAAUUCUGCAUGGCUUACUUGACUACAAAUAUGAAGUGUCAGAACACUUUAUCAGAAUAUUACAAGACAGGAUCAUCAGUCUCCUCUCAGUACAGAUAAAUCGUGAUAACUGGGUCAUCGUCCAGGCCUUUUCAGAACACUUUGUUGCUGAGGGAGGAUCCUUCAGACACAUGUUGUGGGUACACCUGGAAGACACAGUGGCAUCUGCGCUGGCCCAAGUUCUUUCUGUAAUUGAUGGGGACAACAAUCUUGACAACCUCAUUACUGACCAGUGCCCUGACAUGGGAAAGCUGUGGCUUGAGAUAUUUCAAGAAGACCAGAAGACCUUGCUGAAAAUCCCACCUGCAAAAUCUUCAGGAAAAGUGUAUGUUGUGUCUACCACAGCAUUACAGGAUGCAUCAAGAACCUGUCGAUUCCCAUUUGGUUGGGUAUUGAAAGAAAGGCUGCACUGUCUGUGGUCAACUCUAACCAAUGUUACUGGUCCAUCUGUUUACCCACAAAAAGAAGACAUGGAUAAAUUUGAAGAUCUCCUCCCUUGGCAAUGGAUGAAAGACAUUAGGGUAAAAGAUGAACUUUUUGCCUGCUUCUCUGAGGACCUGGUUAAGUUAACAAUGUCAGGGUACCCAUCUAAGCUGAAUGAGUCAUUCUCCACCACACUCCUUGAGCUGACGCCACGCCUCUACCAUGAUUUGACUGGAGAAGACAUGGACAAUGCCUCUCUUCCAUGGCUAUUUGUUGCCUAUCAGUACAUGCAGGACAACCAUCAGCUUCUCUACAACUUCUAUCUUCAGGACAAGGACCUGAUAGCUGUUGGAGAAGCAACAAAGGCUUUACGAAAAAGAAUUGAAAGCCUACGGCCAAAUGAAGGAAUAAUGAAGGACGUAACAAGCUGCCAAAAUUGGCUCAGGAGUGUCAAGUCAUUGUCAAUGACAGUAGAGUUGAUGCUAUCCGAAACUUCCCUGGUGACCAGGCUUCAGGAGAAUGGGGAAAGUCUCAUUGCAGAAAUCGGGCUGUUUUGGCAAAGCACCAAGAUUAUGUACUUUCUCAUGGACCAUCUGCUUCAAAAUGGACACAUGGAGACAGACAUGGAACAAAAUCAGACAAAGACAAAAACAGAAAUGCCGAAAAAACUUUUAAUACUUGUAGUUCGAAAUCUAAUUGCAAUGUGGAAGAACCUGAAUGAUCCAGAGACUGGAAGCGAUAUGGAGAAUGUGAUUAAGAAGGUCACUGCAACACUGACAAAAUGUGGAAAAAAUGUUUGCAACAUUUUCAUGGUGAAGUGUGGAUACUGUGACAAAGAAUUUACAGAGGAUGACACUGCUAAAGUAGAAUGUGGACACAUGUUUCAUCUCUCAUGCUUGAGGCGCCACGAUGUGAAAAACUGCAGGACAUGCAAGAAAGAGAUAAACACUGACUACCAACCAUGUGAAGUUGUGGACAAAGAAACGUUCAUGAACGUAAACCAGUUUAGGAGAAAGUGUCACUCCUUUUUUGUGGAGUUCAUGUGGAACUUUGUUCCAACCAAUGCACAGCUGACUGACAAAAUUGUGGAAGAGCUUCUAAACUAUGUUAGAGGCCCUGCAAUAGAAGCAAAAACACAAGAGAAUCUCGCACUGGAGGUAUAUCUCAAGCCUGACUCCAUAACAUACUCUCUUGUUCUGAAGAUUUUACUGAGAUGCGGAAUGGAAGAGUCAUCGCCUCAGCUGCAGAGGUUCAUGGAUGCUGCCCUGAGCUCCAAUAAGGACAAGACUGAGGAGCUGUACUUGAUGAUAGUGCGCAGCCUAGAGGAUCACAUCCAUUCAUCAAACCAAGGAUGUCUUAUCCAGAAGGCACAGGAAUGUCUCAGCACAUGCAACUUCAGCCAAUUUAACCCAGAUGACGUCACUGCUGAGGAUCUACAUACGCUUGCAAAAUUAAGAUUUGCUGUGUCAGUAGCCUCUGAUGUUAUACACAGUGUAAUCACGGAGGAGUCGUCAGCUGGAGUCGGAGACGGGCACCACGGAGGAGCACAGCCUGAACAGGGAGGCCCGCAAGUGGGCCACACGCGUCGCCAGGGAACGCAAGAGUAUCACUCACUAGAAACAAAUGAAAAACUGUCUGAGGCAAACGGAAUGCAGCAACUGCUUCAGAGCUUGGAUAAUUUCAUAACAGAAUUUAAGAAUCCGUGGAUACAGAUUUACCUGCUGAGAAACCUGUACAAAACAUAUGGAUUCAGCAUUGUUCGUCACCUGUGUGAGAGAUUUAAGUGGGUGUAUCCUUAUGGAAGUUUUACAGACCAGGAAGCAUCAGAGGAGCGAAUUGAUCCAUUCAUCAUGUAUGGGGACGUAUAUGAAUGCUUAAGGCUUGCACUCCUGUCAAUGGAAACAUCAGAGAAUAUCUCAGAGAUGAAGGAUGUUGACACAAGCUCUGUUUGCUUCCCUGUGUGCACGGCACUUGCACUUGUCAAACAGGACAGUGACAUCUCUCUGCUGGAGAAGAUGACAGAAGGACGCUGUACAGAUGCCCAAUGUGGAAACCUUGGCUCUAUUUGCCAAAAAAUGACUGAGUCUCCCCUGGCUGAAAUGAGCCCCAGUCUGGCUGAGAUUGUGUUCCACACAGCGUUGGUGGUGCAGCAGUCUUCAGCUCCUGAGGUCAGACUCCUGAGAACCCUGUGCUUCAGUCCUGGAAAAGCUAAGGACUUCUUUUUGCCAACAAUGUCAAGUUCAGUGUAUGAGGUGAAGAACUGGGUUAAGAGUACAGGUGAAACAGUUUGGGAGUGCGGUGAGUGUGGUGAGCCUGUUAUAAUUGGGGAUUGUGGAAGGCCAUGGGUAAAACAAAAGUGCAUUCGGUGCAACCAAGAUGUUGGUGGGGAGAUGCACGUUGCAGUGGAGGGCUUUAAUAAAAUUGACAAUGAACAGGAGCGUGGAAGAGGCCAUAACCUUGGUGAUCCUGACACUCAGCAAGAUCAGGAAGGAGAGCGCAAUCUUUUUGGGGCAAACUUUCAUCUUGUCCGAGCUCUGAUUCACUCAUCACUGAUUUGGGGCACAUUGGACCAUUUUGAGGAAAUCGAAGAGAUUGUCCAAUUUGAAUCAGAAAAUGUAACAGAGUACCUGUGUCGCCAUCUGGAGAAAGACGUUGAAUUGCUUGCCAGUGCUUUAGGAAAGAGUAAUGAAGAUGCAGAAAUUGCUGUCCACUUUUUCUUAAAGCACAUCAUGGAGACUAAAUCAGGGAAUGAGGAAGUGGAAGGCCAUUUUGAACUUAAGGAGGACAACGAAAGUGAGGACCAACAAGAUGACAACUUCCCAGGACUGUCAUGUCAUUUCGUAGAUAAACAUAUGGAAAUCCACACCACAGAAACAGAGGAAAAAAGAAUGGCUUGGGAAACAUCUAUCUAUCAAAAACUUCAGACAUUUUUUAUGGACUUUGAAGAAAGUUUCUCCGGGAUGCACAACACCAUUCUUCAAAAAGGAGGUUGGAAGGCACUAGCCCAGAUAGUCUUCAGCCCAGUGCCGGAUAUGAAUGAUCUACCUACUACAGGCAUCUUUAAUCUUCCCUUGAUGUGGAGGUAUGAGCAGAGGAUGACCACCCAGCUGCUCAGUCACCUCAUCGAGCAGAAAGGAGAGUGGAAAAACCUGCCUGUGCUCACAGAGCUCCUAAAAAACGCUGCCCACAUACGGUACAUCAGAUAUUUGCCUCAUGUGCUGAGUAUACAGCGCACAAUGACACAUCACUUCCGCAAUGUGGAUCUGCAGUGCUAUGAGAAUGUAUCAAUUGAUACCUUUGUGAAAGAAAAUAUGCAUACAGAUGCUGAAGUAAAAGUCCUGAAGAACAAUGUCAAUAUUCUGAAAACCAUAUGGGGACACUUGACAACAAGCAAAUACCUCAAAAUGCCUAAAGCACUUGGUGACAAGAAGAAGGAGGACUUAAAAAUCCUAGACCUCUUGCCUACACAGAACUCUGCUAUUUACAUUGUGACAGAGUACCUCGUUAGAAUGCAGAAUGAUUGUAUAAACCUUGCCAACCCCAAAGAGGACAGGUAUAUCAGCACCAGCGAGGUAAGGCAUUCCCAUGUUAUCACGUGCAACCCUGAGCAAGACUUCUUGACCAUUGCCAUGUCCAACAUUGACCAUGUAGUUGAGGAUGAUUCAGAGAACACCAACUACAACUUUAAGAAUUUGGAGAGACAGAUAGUGGACCGCUUCUUCAUGGAAAAACCUAUCAUUAAAGUGGACACUAUUCCCUUGUUUGAGUACAACUCUGGAACUUCCCUUCGUGCUUUCUUCACUAAAGUUGAAGAUCAUCUGGAGCCUUUGAACAACAAUGACCGGAACUGCAUCCUGAAUGACUUCAGGUUCCUGAAUGAGAUCUCAGCUGCCCUCUCUACUCUGAGGAUUGCCAUUGGUUUUAUGCAAUUGUCAUUCCCACAGCCAGAGGAGUACUUGAUGACCUACCUGAAGAAAGACCUUAAGUUGGAGGAUAGAACACACACCCUGGGCUUACCGGUGCUGAGAACCAGCAGGGUGAAGCAUAUCCAAUCUCUUUGGGAAGUUCUCUCGCUGAGGCAGUCCUCAUUGCUAAUUGAAAUGAACCAGAACCCAUUCUUCAUGAUUGCACCAGAGUUUCAUGAAGAGUUUUCUGAAGAGGAGGCGGAUGCCAUUGCCCCAGUCUUGGCAAAUCUUGCAAACCUGGACCUCUUCAUCACAGAGAUGCACUACACUAUCCUGAACAUUGAUUUGAAGAACAUCUCUCACGUUUGGAGCAUUCGAGACACACUGCAGGCCUUUGUGGAUUUGGGUGAGAUCAAUGAGAAAGUACUGGAAAGUGUGGAGUCUCUGCGAGAGUUGGAAAUGAAGAACAGAGAGUUGGAAAUGAAGAACAGCAUUGCUGUCUGGAAAAUGGCCGUUCAAAUGAAGAGAGGCCUCUCAGCAUGAUAGCCAUACAAUCUUUAUUUCUGAUGCCUUUCUUUGUUUUAUUGAAACUUCAGUCAUCAGUUUGCAAUGUAUACACUGACUUUCGUAAUGACAGAAAAAUUGGCAGUAGUGAUUAUUUGAAUCAAUGUUUUAAAGCCUUAAUAAUGGUAAUGAUAGUGGGUUAAUUAAUAAUUUCGUGAGUUACAGAUUGAAAUGCUAUAUGAGGUUCCUAUUUUUUUUUUCUAUCACAUGAUUUGCUCAUAGCUGUUUCUGUUGAGGUUUUCACCUUUUCCUUCUUUACUGUUCCAUAGUAAUUGGGUAUUUAAUCGAACCGCUGUAAAGGCAAUUAAUCAGAAUUUGGUUAAUCACGGAGUAACAAAUCCUUAGCCUAUAAAAAAAUAUUGUGCUUGUGUGAGAGAAAUUAGUUUUAAGGACAAUGAAGAAGUGCUUUUGUUUUACAUGCUGCUUCACCAUAUCGCACAAUGAUUUUGAUUUUGAAUAUGUAUGUUUCAUUAAUGUUUCAUUUAUCUUGCGUCAUCAUAUGGCACAAGGAUUUUGAUUCUGAAUAUGUAUCUUUCAUUUAUCUUGCUUCAUCAUAUCGCAAAAGGAUUUUGAUUUUGAAUAUGUAUCUUUCAUUAAUGCUUCAUUUAUCUUGCUUCAUCAUAUCGCACAAGGAUUUUGAUUUUGAAUAUGUAUCUUUCAUUAAUGCUUCAUUUAUCUUGCUUAUAAGCGAUUGAGUUGAUAAGGGAUCUAUUGUGUUGAAGAUGAAACACUUUGAUGGCUAAUAAAAUCACACCUAGAAUAUUUACGGUA